UUUACAAUCAUAAACUUGAGUUUGCUUUGUACUUAUCACUGGAGCAUGGUUUUAUUAUGAUUUUUGAGCGCCAGGUGGCCGCGUUUUUGUUGUCCAUUUGUCGAACAGUACAGGUCUCAGCGCCAUUACAUCGAUAAAUGUCAUUGUAUCCGCGUCCCGCGACCCUAAUUUUGAAUCGAUAAUUAAUUUUUAAAUAAGCCAGCCAGGUGUAAUAAUGUCGAGCAAACGGAAAAAUACGACGGCGAAGAAAGGCCGCGCCAAGCAAAAAAAGGUCGAGUACGACGACGAAGACAUUUCUAGCGAGCAUGAUUCGGAUGUCGAUGACGCCGCCGAGACCGGUUCGAACGCCGACGGUGAGGACGCUACCGAGGAUGACCUUACCGAUGUCUCCAGUUUCCCGGAAUUGCCGCCACCUGAGGGUGGAUGGGGCAAGCCUGGCACGUUGCUCAUGUGUGGCCUCACGAACUGGGAUAUGGCGGGUCGCAAGGCCCCACCAAAAGGGGUCAAGGCUAAUGUGGGCCGUAGUUUAUGGACCCCACAUACCUUCAAGAAUCUUAACGGUGCGCGGGUGAGGCUGGUUGCCUCCGGUCCUGCUGCAUCUCAUAGUAUUAUCGUCACCGAGGACAACAGAUGCCUAGCAUUUGGUAGAAAUGAUAAAGGUCAAUUGGGAGUCGGUGACGCGAAGCGUCGCGAUGAGCCCACGGAGGUGACAUCUCUGAAGGGUCACACAGUGAUAGCAGCGUUCUGUGGUCGUAACCACACUCUAUUUUUAACUAGCCGUGGAAUAGUAUUCGCGGCUGGAGACAAUAAGUUAGGGCAAUGCGGGGUCGGUAAGAACGACGCCUCCAUUGUGUCCGCGACCAAAGUGAAGUAUUCUGGUCCUCCGAUUGUUAAAAUCGGCUGCGGUGCAGAGUUCUCGAUGAUCCUGGACAUUAAGGGUGGCCUGCACUCGUUCGGCAGUCCAGAGUACGGAGCUCUGGGCCACAACACCGACGGGAAGUACUUCAUAACGAACACAAAGAUGGCAUUCCACUUCGAAAAAGUGCCUAAGAGAAUCGUUCUGUACGUCGAGAGAGCGAAGGACGGUCACGUGACGCCGCUGGACCGUGUCGAGAUCACGGACUUCAGCUGCGGCCACUAUCACACCGUUGCCAUCGACAGCAAGAAUCGCGCGUUCUCAUGGGGAUUCGGUGGCAUCGGCCGUUUAGGCCAUAACGAGCAACGAGACGAGUUAGUGCCUCGCCUGAUCAAAUUUUUGGAGCCACCUAACCGGGGCGUUAGGGCUGUACACUGCGGCAGCACCUACAGUAUCGCCAUCAACGUCCACGGCACUGCCCUAAUGUUUGGCCAGACCAAACGCACCGGGGAGGCGAACAUGUAUCCGAAACCGAUCCAGGACCUCUCCGGGUGGGAGAUCCGCUGCGUCGGCUGUUCCCAAACUAGCGUCGUUGUCGCGGCCGACGAGUCCGUGAUUGCCUGGGGGGCUAGUCCUACGUUCGGAGAACUGGGUUUCGGUGAAAUGCGCAAGUCCUCGACCACCCCGAUGGAGGUGAAGGCAUUAGAAGGUUUAUACAUUACUGCUGUUACCUGCGGCGUCUCACAUACGCUUAUGAUCUGCCGGGACGAGUCCGAGGAGGAGAAGGCCAAGAUCAACAAACUUCAAGUGUAUUCCGUUUAGGCGAUACGUUUCGCACCGUAGAGGUAAAACAAACCGAGAAAGAUAAACGAAGCAAAGCAGAAAUGAGAAACAACAAGAUUACUCGAGAUCAGCGUGCUAAGAAAUUCUUCUGUGUUCAUCGCAACAAAAAAAAAAAACCACUCACACGAACGGAUCACAAAACACCGGGAGUCGCCACAUUGUUCCGAUAAUCGAGAGGCCCGCAGGCCGCGCGGGCCUGUCCUUUCGAAUAGACUGCGAGAAACGUCCAUAUUGAAUACAGACUUAAACUAAUUACUUUUACUAUAAUACGUACUUCCACCCCCUUUACUUAACGUACGAAGGAAUGUUUACCGUAAUAGGGAACCCCGUUUUGUUAGUAGCUCAGGAUAUAGACCAAACAGAUAGAUGCGAAAAAGAAUAUAUUUUGAUACGUUGCUAUUUUAUUGACAUACUCUGCAUCUUCGAUCAGAAAUGGAAAACAUAGUUGACAUGUAUGAGGAAGAGUGCUGGGAAUAACGUGAUUUUCAUCGAGACAGGCACCUCGCCAUUCGUGUAUCUUUCGUUUUCAUCAUUGUCCUAACGAAAACAUUGUUAAUUCAUUGCAGCAGUACCUGAACCAUUGAGACCUUGUGGUCCGUAACUACGGUUCUCGCUGACCGAGAACAUUUUUUUUAAUUUAAGACACCAAUCGAGAAUCGCUUUCAUUUUAUCGUUUUCUGUUCGCAGAAAAUCGUGGCGGACCGCAAGCGUCGAAUCUGCAAAAAUCAGUUUUAUAUUUUGUAUACAAAGACAAGGCGGAAUGUCGCAGCUGCAUUGUGGACGUUCACGCGGGUUUACAUCAUUUUGGGAGUUUUCUAAUCUGGUGGAACCGCGUCCCACGAAAACGUACUUCUUUCGCCGUAGAUCGUUCGUUUUUUUACGCGUGAGGUCGACAAUGUUGCUGCGACGAGUCCCGCCGUAUCCACUGAUUUGUACGGUUGACAUUUUUCAUUGUAAUAGUCGCGAACGGUAUUAACGACACUGACAUCGUUACAACAGAUUUUUUUUUUGUAAUUCAUUCUGUCCUUCCUCGAGCACACCGGCAUUGUUGGUCAUACUUAUGAACUAAGGAUUACUUUGCAGUUACAGAAACAACAAAGAAAGUCUUAGCAAAGGGUAUACAUUGUUGACAAGUGAUUGCGGUAUAUACAGACAUGUACACACACACACAUAUACACACACAAGCAUCGUACACCGUCGAGAGCAUACAUACGUAUACGCGUUUGUAUUUCACUGUUCGUGUCCCCAUAGUGAAUGUAAUCGAAAUUUUUAUAUCGUAACUUUAUUUGAUAGUUCUGUCGAUCGAUCGUGAAACGAUUUUCGGGUACCACGUAAGUUGUUCAUACUUUUUUACGAGACGCCGCCGCUAGCACGUCACUGCCACGACCAUAUUCUCCGAGCGUGUCUCGUGAUAUCGAGCAUCCAUUCCUUUCCGUUUUAUAAAUCGUUCUUAUACGGAUACCAGCCGUAGCACCGUUUUUACCACACCGAAGACGAGUGUACAUGGCAAAUUACGAAUAAACGAAUUUUUUAAGCAAUUUCUAUUAAA